UGUGUACACACAGAAUGGUAGUCACGAGCAGAUGUAUCACCAACUAAUAAAGAAUAUUCGGCAUCAUCAAGUGAUCCUUAGGUCUGUUGCAGAGCUGCAAAAAGCUAUGACUCACUCUAUUUUCGUUCUUCUCUUUUUAAACAUGCUUAAUAUUUGCGUCGUCAUCUUCGCUGGAUCUACGCUGUUGCAGAAGCAAGCAGACCAAGUGGCAAUGUACAAAAUGUUAUUCAGCGUUCCAAUUUACAUGUACGAGACUGGAUUCUUUUGUGUCGUUGGACAAACCAUUAUUGAUCAGGGGGAGCGACUCUCCAUGUCGGCGUUCGCCAGCGCCUGGCUGGACAGCCCCAGAAAGCUGCACCGCUUGCUGCUGGUCUUCAUGCUGCGCUGCGCGCGUCCACCCACCAUCACUGUCGGCAAGACGUACACCCUCUCCAAGCGCACCUUUCUCCGGAUACUGAAUGGAUCGUACACAAUGUUCAAUAUGCUGUACCAGUUCCAGAGGAAGAGGUAAUGUCAGUCAUGGAAAUGAAUAUUUGAACUGGCGGAUGACAGACGUCAAC